UGUGGCAUACCAACUCCUGCAAGUGAUCACCACACCUCUAGCACUACCACUCCUACUGCUAGUCCCCCUCCUGCUGCUGCUCCCCUCCACCUCUCGCCGAAGCCGUCAUGGCAGCAAGCAGCAACUGAAGCGUCCCGUGCUGCCUCCUUCCCCUCCGGCCCUGCCCAUCAUCGGCCACCUGCACCUCGUCGGCGACUGCCCGCAUGUCUCCCUCCGCAGCCUCGCCGCGAAGCAUGACAGCGGCGGUCUCAUGCUCCUCCGCCUCGGCACGGUCCCGAACCUGGUCGUGUCGUCGCCGCGCGCUGCGCAGCUUGUCAUGCGCACGCACGACCACGCCUUCGCCUCGCGGCCGACGUCCAGGAUCUCGGACGCCCUGCUUUACGGGUCGUCGGACAUCGGCUUCUCCCCCUACGGCGAGCACUGGCGCCAGCUCAGGAGGCUCGUCACCACGCACCUCUUCUCCGUCAAGAAGGUGAACUCAUACCGCCUCGCCCGGCAAGACGAGGUGCGCCUGGUUAUGGAGAAGAUCCGGGAGGCGGUGGCCGGGUGCAAGGUGGUGGACAUCAGCGAGAUGAUGAACACGUUCGCAAACGACAUCGUGUGCCGGGCCGUGUCGGGCAAGUUCUUCAGGGCGGAAGGCCGGAACAAGCUCUUCCGGGAGCUGAUCGUGACGAUCAUUAGUUUGAUUGAUGGGUUCAACCUGGAAGAGUACUUCCCAAGGCUAGCAAACGUGUUAGGUUCGCUCACCAGCUGGUUUGCGAGUAACAAGGCCGAGAAGACACACAAAAUAUGGGAUGAGUUGCUUGAAACGAUAAUAAGCGACCACGAGGGACGGGGAAGAAGCUCUGAGCAGGGGCAUGUUGUUGGCGGUGGUGUUGAGCAAGAAGAGACUGACUUCGUCGAUGUGUUACUCUCAGUUCAGAAGGAGUAUGGUAUCACCAGAGACCAUAUCAAGGCCAUCUUAAUGGACAUGUUUGCUGCGGGCACGGACACGUCAUCAUUAGUUCUAGAACUCGCGAUGGCGGAGCUCAUGCGCAGCCCUCAGCUCAUGACCAAGCUACAAGCUGAGGUGAGGGAAAACACACCCAAAGGACAAGAAAUGGUGGCGCAAGAUGACAUAGCUAGCAUGACAUAUCUAAGAGCUGUGGUGAAGGAGACGCUCAGGCUGCACCCACCAGUGCCGCUGCUUCUCCCUCGCAUCUCUAUGGUGGACUGCGAGUUCGAUGGCUACACGAUCCCCUCUGGGACGCGGGUCAUCAUCAACGAAUGGGCUAUUGGUAGGGAUCCGGAGUCCUGGGAGAAAGCAGAGGAGUUCAUGCCAGAGAGGUUCCUCGAAGGUGGCAGCGCUGCGGCUGUCGAUUUCAGGGGCAAUGACUUUCAGUUUGUGCCGUUCGGGGCUGGCCGGAGGAUCUGCCCUGGCCUCAACUUUGGCAUGGCUACUGUUGAGAUCAUGCUGGCAAACCUUGUGUACCGUUUUGACUGGGAGCUGCCGGCUGGCAUGGAGAAGGAGGACAUAGAUCUAACGGAGGUGUUUGGGUUGACUGUCCAUCCCAAAGAGAAGCUCAUCCUGGUUCCAAAACCACGUGGUAGUGUUGUUCAUGCCGCGUAAGUAGAGUGAUCCUAUAAGCCUUGUUUGGAAACACAAUACUAAUCCUCUUCAAUCCAUACCUACUGGGAGGGGUUGAAGGAAAUUUAGUGUUUUCUAGAGUAAUCCACAUGUAUCGAAAGGGAAUGAGUUCAUCCAAACAAGGUACGUGAGUGUGCAUCUAUAGGCCACAGCACAUAUAGACGUCCUUGUGCCCAUUUGGUAUAGUAGCCAUAUGUAUACGAUGCUACUUUACUCGUUAUAAGUACUGUAAGACGAAAAAAGCAUGCACGUUCAUUCACCAUAUAAAUGGUACAUAUUGUACAUUAAAAUUCUGAUAAAACAAUAUGCAGUAUC